AUGGCGAGGGCUUGGAUGGCGGUGGGAAUAGCCGCAAGGCUCGCCAUUUGUGCAAACAUGUCCAGAUCGGAGAUGGGGAGAUCUGUCACGAGAAAGUCCGAUCUGUCUCGGUGUUAUUGGAGUAUCUUCAUUCUCGACCGGAUCCAUGGAAGCAGUUUCCGGGCAUUGCAGGCCAUCAGCGACGAAACAAUUCUUCCUGAAAUGCCCCCAUGCGCCAAACAGCCAAGAAUUUCCCUUACUCUGCAACAUGUCUUAGAUAAAGCGGGCGACUCACCCGUGGUUGACGAAAACGACAACGGCAUCAACUCGUACGCCUUGCAGCUGUUGUCCACCUGGGGUCGCCUCAUGGUGUAUCUGAAGACCAUUCGAAAAGGCAAUCUUGAGGAUGCCUGGGUGGCCAACUCUACAUAUCAACAGCUCAAGUCGGAAAUGUCUCGAUUUGAAACGGUCUUCCCGGAAGCGCAUCGGUUCAAGUACGCUAGGUUUCAUGAGAGGACACCAGAUGGGCUAUCCCGCGACCGAGUAUACUGGGCCUCGUGGAUAUUUACCCAGUGUCUCUACCACACUAUUCACUGUACCCUAAACCACCCCUUCCUUCACGUGGUGAGGAUCCACGGUCGUCAAAGACUGCGCUCACCGUCGUUUUUGCAACAUGCAACAGACCAGGCUAUCCUACAUUCUGCGUGGGUUGUCCACGUCCUCACUCUGUCACAGGAACGGGACUUUACCAUCCACGACCCCUUCAUUGGGCACAUGGCUUCGAUGGUUGCCACAGCGCAGUUCUUCCUACGAUUUUCGAAAGAUGACAACUUGGCGAAGAAGGCCUCCGAUGACUUUGAUCAGCUUCGCCGGUUUGUCGAGGACAUGGGACAGGACCAUCCGCAUCUUCAGCAUACGCACUCUAAACUCUCUAGACUGGCCCAGCUCGCCGACCCUUAUGUAGACUCAAUACAGGCGCCCAGCCCUCCCAAGGUUGAGACUGCCUUGAUUUGGGAUUUACUCGACUACGCCGUCUCCUCGUCAAGGACUAUUAGCAGCGGCGGAUCCGACAAUGUUGAGCUCAGUGUCAAUACCCAAUUUCUAUGGCCGCCGAAUCAAGAUACAUCACAACAAUUCGCCGUGGAUGGACGAGCGAGCACCACCGCACCUACGGCCAUAUUUACAACUCCGUGGGACCAUCCGCCCUUCGAGUUUGACAUGGCAGACUUCUCCAACUUUCCCGACAUGUCCACGUUGACCAUUCCUGGAGAUGCUUGGACAAACGGCUAUCUUUGA